AUGGCGCCGAUUUCGCAGCCGCUCUCAGCAUAUGAAGCGGGAACCAAGGCAUGGUUUCCUGACGAGGAGCAUGGUUGGGUGAGCGGGACUCUUUCGAAAGAGCCGGAAGUGGAUGAGUCCGGCCGGAUUACCAUGUUAUUUGUUCUUGAUGACACAGGCGUCGAGAAAACAGUCGAGACCACCAUGAAGAAGCUCGAGGCACCCGGUGGCACAGAUGAACUUCCGCCACUCCGCAAUCCACCCUUACUCGAGGCCUCCGAUGACCUUACCUCUCUCAGUCAUUUGAACGAGGCUUCCGUGCUCCAUACGAUCUUGAAUCGAUACCAGCAGCGCACCAUCUACACGUAUUCGGGCAUUGUGCUCAUUGCUGUGAAUCCCUUUUUUGAUUUGAAUCUGUACAGUCCGGAGAUUAUCCAGGCAUAUGCUGGCAGGCGCCGUGGUGAGCUUGAACCCCAUUUGUUUGCGGUAGCAGAAGACGCGUAUCGCUGCAUGAUCCGUGAUAAGCGCAACCAAACCAUUGUGGUAAGUGGAGAGAGUGGUGCUGGAAAAACCAUGUCGGCCAAGUACAUUAUGCGGUACUUUGCUACGGUGGAAGACCCGGACAAUGUAGGUCCUCGUCGGGCCGGCAUUAGCGGUAUGAGUGAGACGGAGACUGCCAUUCUCGCGACCAAUCCCAUUAUGGAAGCGUUUGGUAAUGCGAAAACGACGCGCAAUGACAACUCGUCACGUUUUGGCAAGUAUUUGGAGAUCAUUUUCAACGAAAGACAUGAUAUCACAGGUGCCAAGAUGCGCACAUAUCUACUGGAGCGCUCGCGGCUUGUUUACCAACCCGAAGUCGAGCGCAACUACCACAUCUUUUAUCAGUUGUGUGCUGGCGCAUCCAGUGACUUGCGUGAGAAGCUGUGCCUAACGAGUGCGGGUGAUUUUCAUUAUCUCAACCAGGGUGGCACCGAGCAUUUGGCCAUACAGGGCGUGGAUGAUGCUGCUGAAUUCCAGGCCACCACACAGGCCUUCACGACUGUGGGUGUCCCAGACGAGGUGCAGGAACAUAUCUUCACUGUACUAGCCGGUUUGCUUCAUUUGGGCAAUGUAUCCAUCACUGCGAGCCGCAACGAUGCGAACAUCUCACCUGAGGACCCAGCGCUCUUUUUGGCUGCCCAAUUCUUGGGUGUGGAUGCGGUCGAGCUCCGAAAAUGGACAUUGAAGCGCCAGAUCCAACUUCGUGGCGAGAAGAUCGUGUCUAGCCUUUCGCAGGCUCAGGCGACGGCGGUACGUGACUCGGUCGCCAAGUACGUGUACACCUGUCUCUUCGACUGGCUCGUGGCGCAGAUGAACAAGUCGCUGGCACCUAAGGAUCCACAGGCAGCAACAAGCAUGAUUGGCGUUCUCGACAUAUAUGGUUUUGAAUGCUUCAAGGUCAAUUCUUACGAGCAGUUCUGCAUCAACUAUGCGAACGAGCGCCUGCAACAUGAAUUCAACCGCCAUGUUUUCAAGCUGGAACAGGAAGAGUAUGUUGCAGAGCAGAUCCCGUGGGAGUUUAUCAGCUUUUCCGACAACCAGGCAUGCAUUGACAUGAUUGAAUCUAAGUUUGGAUUGCUGUCGCUGCUAGACGAGGAGUCGCGCCUACCUUCUGGGCAAGACUCAUCGUUCCUGCAAAAGGUAUACGGCCAGUUGCAACCCAAGAGCGAGUACCAAAACUUUCUCACCAAGCCGCGCUUUGGAGCACAGAGUGCAUUCACUGUGAGGCACUAUGCUUUGGAUGUCACGUACGACGUGGAUGGGUUCAUGGAGAAGAACAAGGACACAGUGCCUGAUGAAUUGCUGAAUCUACUUAGUACGACCACAUCGCCGUUCCUCAAGGACGUGCUUGAUGCACGUGCAGCUGCUGAUUUAGCAUUGCCCCAGCCACCGGCGCGCAAGAGCUCGUUGCCCGUUUCCAACAAGAAGCCGACCCUAGGCUCGCAGUUCAAAGCGUCGCUCGGUGCUCUUAUGGACACGAUCAACUCAACAGAGGUGCAUUAUAUUCGCUGUAUCAAACCUAAUGAUGCCAAGAUGGCAUGGGAAGUGCAGCCACAGAAUGUGUUGGGGCAAUUGCGCGCCUGCGGUGUACUCGAGACGAUUCGCAUUAGCUGUGCAGGCUAUCCUGGUCGCUGGGCAUUUGCUGAUUUUGUGGAACGCUACUAUGUGCUUGUUCCGUCGAAGCUGUGGGACAUGUCCUCGCUCGAAAAGGUGCGGGAUCUCGCGCAGAUCAUCCUGAAUGCCACAGUUGAGAAGGACCAGUACCACUUUGGUCUGACCAAGGUGUUCUUCCGCGCGGGUGUGCUAGCCUCGUUUGAGCAGAUGCGCCGCAACGUGCUAAAUGAGCGUACACGCACCAUCCAGACUGCAUGGCGGCGCUAUUCAGCGCAGAGUCGCUAUACGGCCCUGCGUCAUGGCGUGCUGACCCUUCAAUCGAAUGUGCGUCGACGCCUGGCUCAGGCCCGCUUCCAGGCGGCCCGCCGCGAGCGCUUUGUGCUCCAACUACAGGUGGCUGCUCGUGCGCUUCUCCAGCGACAGUACCGCACACGUGCUGUGCACGCAGCUUUGCUCAUCCAGGCAGCCGUGCGCGGACAUCAGGCGCGCCUGCAUUACCAUCAGGACCGCCUGGACCACCAUGCGACCGUACUGCAAACAGGUCUGCGCGGCGUCUUAGCGCGCCGCCGAGCCUCAAAGCGCACAAGACAGGUGGUCUUGCUGCAGUCGCUCUAUCGGCGUAAACAGGCACGGCAAGCUUUGCAGCAGCGGCGCACUGAGGCCAAGAGCGCCUCGCACUUCCAGGAGGUGUCAUACAAGCUGGAGAAUAAGGUGGUCGAUUUAACGCAGAGCUUACAGGACCGCACACGCGAAAACAAGGAGCUGCGUAGCAUCCUGACCGAGUUGCGUGAGCAGUUGGCCACCUGGCAGAAUCGUCACGAAGAGCUCGAUGCCCGUGCACGCGGCCUACAGGCCGAGGUGCAAAAGCCCAGUGUACCGUCGGAGGAGCAUGAGGCGCUCUUGCAGGAGCGUUCCACGCUACAGACGGCCUUGGAGCAGGCGGAGCAUCGCAUCCGCGACUUGGAGGUGGAGAUUGCGACGCUGCAGUCGCAACUGCGCAUGAAAGACGCACCGGACUCGGUCGUUCAGUCCCUGCGCAACGAGAUCGCGUCGCUGCGCGAGCAGCUGGGCCGCGCCCAGGCACAAAAUGAGCGCAACGGCACGAUGGUCCCGCUGCAUCCCCGUCCUCAUCCCAUGAGUGGCGAAUUUAUGGAAGAGCCCAGUGACGAGAUGCCUGAGGCUCCGCGUGAGGCGCCGUUUGACGAGAUUAUUGAGCUACUUGAGGACGAGGUGCAGCUGGACGAGGAUGUGCUGCACGGUCUAAUUGAGUAUCUCAAGAUCCCGACGCCUAGUCUGCAAAAUCCUCCCGCUCCGAAGGAGGUGCUGUUCCCUGCGCACCUUAUCAGCCUUGUUACAAAUGAGAUGUGGAAGUAUGGGCUUGUGCGCGCGAGCGAGCGUUUCCUUGCAAACGUCAUGCAAACGAUCCAGCAGCAUGUUAUGUCAUUCCAUGGUGAUGAUGCUGUGAUUCCUGGCAUUUUCUGGUUGUCCAACGUGCACGAAAUCUUGUCGUUUGUGUGCAUUGCGGAGAGCGAUAUGCUGCAAGGUGUGGGUCCUGGCGUGGAUGGUGCUGCACGCGACUUUGAGUGGGGCGACUAUGAGCGACUGGUGACGAUCGUGAAGCACGAUUUGGACUCGCUUGAAUACAACAUUUACCACACGUGGAUGCAGGAGGCCAAGAAGCGACUGAACAAAAUGGUGGUCCCUGCGCUGGUCGAGUCGCAGUCACUACCAGGCUUUGUUACGAAUGACUCUGGCGGUCGGCUACUGAAUCGCCUUCUCGCAGGCACCAACGCGCCGUCCUACACCAUGGACGACAUUUUGGCGCUACUGAACAAGAUCUGGAAGUGUCUUAAGAGCUACUAUGUGGAGCCCAGUGUCACCCAGCAAGUCAUUACAGACCUACUCAAGAUGAUUGGUGUCACUUCCUUCAACGACCUGUUGAUGCGCCGUAACUUUUGCUCAUGGAAGCGUGCAAUGCAGAUCCAGUACAACAUCACACGUCUCGAGGAGUGGUGCAAGUCGCACGACAUGCCAGAGGGCUCACUGCAACUGGAGCACCUUCUUCAAGCGACCAAGCUACUUCAGCUGAAGAAGGCCACCAUGAGCGACAUUGAUAUCAUCUAUGACGUUUGUUGGAUGCUCACACCCACGCAAAUCCAGAAACUCAUCAGCCAUUACCAUGUCGCUGACUAUGAAAACCCUAUAUCACCAGAAAUUCUCAAGGCCGUCGCGAGCCGCGUCGUGCCGAAUGAUCGAAAUGACCACCUUUUACUGCCUCCUGAAGUCGACGAGGCAGGACCGUACGAGCUUCCAGUGCCUCGAGAAGUCACAGGCAUCGAGACGUACUGCCCUGCCUACCUGAACGUGCCACUCUUGCGUAAUCUAGCAAGCAAGGUCGCCUAG